UUUCAGGCGAUCGAUUUAAUAUCAUCUAUCAGUUAUUCUUUCAUUCAAAUAUUUGUUAUUUGUGUAAGUUUAUACUUGAGUUCAAUAUUACAGCAGUUUAAUAGAAAAAUACAUUCUUUAGAUUGUAAAUAUGUAGCCACGUCGUACUGGCUUAAACUACGACAAGAUUACAACCAAGUCUCACGUCUUGUUCGUUCCUUUGAUGACGUUAUAAACGGAAUUGUAUUUGUUUCGUUCGCCUGCAAUCUAUAUCUCGUGUGCCUUCAAGUAUAUUUUCUGUUACGAAGUGACAUUACCAUACGACAAGGUUUUCAUGCUUGUCCCGAAAAUACAUCCAGUGGAUUUCUUAACGGCUACGAAAGAAUAAUUUCCAACGUGUACUUCGUCUAUUCCUCUACGUAUUACAUAGUAAGGACCUUUGUUGUCUCUUUUACCGCUGCGAAAGUUCAUACCGCGUCUAUGGAGAUAGCACCUGUCCUUUACAAUGUGCCACCACCGACAUAUUGUAUAGAGGUACAAAGAUUUAUCGAGCAAAUUCAUGGAAGCACCAUUGCUCUCAGUGGAUUAAAUUUCUUCUAUUGUACUAAAGAAGUAAUUUUGUCUAUGAUAAGCACAGUGAUAACCUACGAACUUGUUUUGCUUCAAUUUAACUAACUAAUUUCAAUUACUUCGAUUUAACUAAAUGAUCUUAAAUAGAAUAUAAAACCACAUAUUUGUAUUAAUAAAUACAUUAUUCUUGUUUUGUGUAUAAA